AUGGGCGGUGUGUACAAUCCGGCGUACCUACACGAGCCGUAUGGUCAGAAUGGUUAUAUAGACCCGACAUACGGAGAUACGAGUCAACAACAACACCCUCAACAACAUCAAUAUCCGUACUACGGCUAUCCAAACUACUCGCACUACAACUAUCAACAACCGUCCGCCUAUCCCGGUGCGUACGGUCCAUACCCAGGCGCAUCGGGCGCCUAUCGUCCCUACCCUCAACCGGCGCCAUCUCCACCCAGACGGUCUCGAACGGCGCCGUCGCGACCGAGAUCAACGGCGCCGACGAUGGGAACGUUGGGAGCGGAAAGUAGGCGGGGCGGACGUGGAGUGUCCGCCGAGGCGUUUGAUCGAAGAGCGUAUAAGGCGUACUCGGGACCGGCGAAAAAGCCAUUACCAAUGUAUCGAAAGAAACGAGAACCGCCGAUGCCGAGGUAUCAGGAAACGGAUUUUGGAGGUGGUGGAAUGGGAGGAGAUGGCGGAGGAGGAGGAGGAUUCACACCGUAUUCUAGGAAUUAUUAUGGAGAAGUGGGACAUCCGAGGCAACAAGCCCAACCGCAAACGAUGACACUACGACGGUUACGACCGUUCUACGCGCCCUCAUACACAACGUAUCCUCCAUCAACAAUGCAUCCGAAGAACGCAUUGAACAAUAGGAAUUAUCCAUUAUAUGCGAGACUUGCAGCCAAAGCAGUUCAAGUGAUUCUCGGAGUAGCAGUCAUCGGACUAGUGUUAGGACCGAUGAAAGGGAACUCAUUCCACGAUUUUGUGAUAAGAACGAAUACCGAGUGGCAAGGGUUGGUAUUGGGCAUCUCGGUGUCGUUUUCGUUUUUCUCACUGGUUCUCGGCAUUACUUCGUGUUUUGCAAGCAAUUUGCACAUUUGGAAGAAAGUUGACGGUCUCCUUACGGCUGCUGGAUGUUUCUUCUGGUUAGUUGCUGGUUUCGUGGAAGCGUACUUCGCAGCGUGCUACCCGCCGAAUGGUCCGAGAAUCAAUCUCGUCUGCAAUCGUGCCGAAUGGAUCAUUGCUUGUAUUCUCGCAUUCAUCAACUGUUGCGUGUUCGUCGCCGACUUUGUACUAUCCUGGAUGAAUGGUGCCUCAAUGCUGUGA